AUGCCUUCUUCUCUUGCUCGCUUCACCCUCUGGGCCCUUCUUGGUCUGGCGCAGUGCAAGGCUGCGACCUACUCGCAGAGUCCGCUUGGCUUCAACAGAGAUUCCUCCAUGACGGUCGUUCUCAAGGACACAAUCACAGUCAAACAUCCCGCUGAUGUGGCGAAUGUCAACAUACGAGUCAAAGCGAGCGGAGAGACUAAAGCUGAUGCCUUUCGCCUCACGAGAGAACGGCUGGCUAGUGUUGAGGAAGCACUCAGCUCCUUCAUGCCCGCGAAGAAGGGUGGGGUGGGUGAGGCUGGGUGGAAUGCUUCUGGUGUCGAGAUUGAUUACAGUCACCGAUGGAAGGGCGACGGAAUUGAAGAUGACAUGGAUAGUGAGGACGGCGCGAAGAAAAGCACGAACAAGACCAUCAAAGCGGUCGGCAGACUCUGUGCUCGCUUCCACGAUGUCGACAUGCUGAGGGCGUUCGCCACCGAGAUCGUAAAGAGACAACAGGACGUGACCUUCGGUGAGAUCGACUGGGACAUGUCCAAAUCCGCUAGAAGAGGUGCCCAGGUGGAGCAGAGGCGUAACGCCCUGAUGCAGUUCGUAGAGGCUGGCGAGGACUGGUCGACUACGCUCGGGUAUGGAAAGUCAACUGUGGUUGAGCUCGAGGAGAUGUACUCCUAUGUUAGUAGCUCUAGCGAAGAGCGUGGGCGGUGCGGGAGGUCGUGGUAUGAGUUCGAGGAUGAAGAGGAGGAGGAGAAAGAGAGUGUUCUGGCCAAGUUGUUGGGUAAGGAGUGGGAGGUUCCGCUCGCAGAGUUGAACACGGAGAUGAAGUGUACAUUGAGGCUGGAGUGA